UGGAUCCUGAACCGGCGCCAUGGCGAUUCGCAAGCUCAAGGCGCGGGGCAUCGGCCGCUUCGAGCUCUUGAGCUGGCUCAACGAGUUUUUGGAGACCGACUACACCAAGAUCGAGCAUCUCGCCGACGGCAUUGCGUACUGUCAGGUGUUUGACGUGGUCUUCCCCGGCAAAGUCGCGCUGCACCUUGUCAACUUUCACGCGACGUACGAGCCCGAGUUUGAGCGCAAUUUCGGGAUUCUCAAAAAAGCGUUUGACGCGUGCCAAGUGCGCAAGGAAAUCCCGAUGAAAAAACUCGUGCGCGGUAUCUUCCACGAACACUUUGAUUUUCUCAACUGGAUCCACGACUAUGUCCAUCGCAACUGCCCGGACGCGGCCCGCGGCUACCAUGCGUACGCGCGGCGCGAAGAAAUUUUGAGUGCGCAGCCCAAGGCGGACGUGAACGUGAACCUCGUGCCCCGCUUCAGCAUGCGCAACGGUUUGUUCCAGUCGGCAGGUCCCAGUUUUCCGGACGCCAUUUCGACAGAGUCCCACGACGACCAUACUAUUGAAAACUCAACGAGCAACAACAAUGACGCGCCACCGCCCGUGCGCUCAAUGACGGACGCGCAAGUCGCCAUCGCCAGCCUCCGCAACGCACUGCACGCAAAAUCGACGACCAAACGACCGAGCUUGCGCAGCGCCAAAAAGCCUCUCGAGCCAGCGCCGUGGUCAGGCCCGCUCCAGCGACUGAACAUCGCGUUGGAGGCCGAGCUCCAUGGCCGAAUUCAAAUCCUGGACAACGACCGGCGGGACAUUGCGUCCCUCCUCGCUGAGCGCAAUGAGCUGUACGAGUGUUUACGCGACAUUGAUAACGCGUUACGUACGGACGACACCGACAUCGGAGCCAUUUUGAGUGCGCCACUGCCGCCGUGGCCCCUCGCGACGACCGAGCUUGAGGCGUAGGAGAAUGGAUGGCAUGCCGCCAGAUCUGGGUCCUGGGUGGACAUGCACGUAAUUGAAGUCACACGACCUUACAAUAUUGUACCGCACAACGUGUAGCCAUGACAACGUCGCGCAACAAUCCCGCGCAAUAUUAUCAGAGUAUCAACUUGAUAUCAAGGCGAGGCGUGCUGUCGUCAUGAAGCCAGACGUCGUUUUCAUUCAAUAGGACAACACUUGUGUGCUUGGUGC